AUGGCGGAUGAUGGUGACGGCGAUGGGCUUACAGCCGCGGACCGGCUGAAGUACACUGAAGCCUUCAACAUCUUUGAUAAACAUCAGCAAGGCUACAUCCCCUGGAAGCCCGACUUCGCGAACUUGUGGCGUGCCAUUGGCCAAAACCCCACCGAAGCCGAUCUGAAACGGAUCAUCGAAGAGAAUGACACGGGGACGGGGCACUUUCAACUGGAAACCUUUCUGAAGCUCUGCGAGAACCGGGAGGACGCACUGAGGAAAGAACAGCUGAUUGAAGCCUUCAAGACCUUUGACAAGGAUGGCAAGGGCACGCUCACCAUCGCCCAGAUCCGCUAUGUGUUGAUGACCAUGGGAGAUCCACUGAAUGACGAAGAAGCGGAUCGCUUCAUUGACUUUGCAGACAAGAACAAAGAGGGCCCCACGGCUGAGAUCGACUAUGAAGAGUUGGUUGAACGCCUGGAUGACAUUGACCCUGGCGACAAAGUCUAA